AUGGCAACACUGACUUGAGAUUUGAAUGGUCGGGGCGUAAACAAAAGCUUCGUCACAACGUAGAAGUUGUACCACCAGACCUUUGUUUGUAAAAUAGGAAAGACUCUUCACGUCAAAAUGGCCCAGAAUGUAGCACCCGAAGCAUCGACGAACGCCAGUCCCAGCAAGAACAACACAGAGAGAGCCAUAGCCGGAAGAGAUUCACAUUCCGUUAGCAAAAGACUCCAGCAUGAACUCAUGACCUUGAUGAUGUCAAGUGAUAAGGGAAUUUCAGCUUUCCCAGAAGGAGACAACUUAUUCAAGUGGAUUGGCACUAUUAAUGGGCCAGCAUCUACUGUUUAUGAAGGCCUUUCAUAUAGGUUAUCAAUGGAAUUUCCCAGCAGUUAUCCUUAUUCGCCACCAACAGUUAAAUUUGUGACUUCUUGUUUCCACCCAAAUGUAGAUCUUCAUGGUAACAUUUGUUUAGAUAUACUGAAAGAAAAGUGGUCAGCCUCUUAUGAUGUUCGAUCAAUACUUCUAUCAAUACAAUCACUGUUAGGAGAACCCAACCAUGACAGUCCUCUGAAUGGCCAUGCAGCUGAGCUAUGGACAAAUCAAGUAGCAUACAAGAAGCACUUGCAUGAACAUUACAAGAAAGCCAAUGGAGAAUCUAAAAUAAAAUUAAUAAUUUUAAUGGUGUGGUUGUGCAAGAGGAAAUCUAUUACAAAGCAUAUUGACGAGUUCAGUGUAUAAAUGUCAUAUAGCUGUAAGAGAAUCUCUGAUAUUUGGCAUUAAAGGACCCUUCUUUUAAAA